CAGACAACCGACGACCCAUCGAUGCUGACAGUUAGCAGCACACAGUGCGGUUCUGAUUCUGGUUCUGUCGGUGUCGUCCCUUCGCAGUGUUUUAUCGAUAGAGACCAAAAAGCACGAGAAGCCGACUGACGAGUGUCGACAUGUAUAAGCGGUUGUCUAAGCGUUCGCAUAGUCCGCAGAGUCCAAGCCGACGUGAGCGGGCCAAUUCGUUGACACCACCACAAGACGGAGCAGCAGGAUCGCCAGGACCUUUGCGCAAGCGACCUCCGGCCAAUCGUUCUGCGCAUCUCAAUGAGCUCUUUCGUCCCCGCUGCAACACAGAUCCAAGUCGUCGACCCACCCACCAGACCCGCAGUGUCUUGGGCUCUUUGAUACGACAGACCAUCAAAGUGACCACCGCUUCGGUGGGCCUUAGCACCAGUGAGGAGAGAUUAACUCAACUAGCCACAACUGGUUCGUUUAGUGACCAUGACAAUGGCAAAAGGAAACAUUCCAGUGCCCUGUGGGAGGUGAAGAUACUUAACUUAGUGAUGCUGAUGAUUAAAGUGUGA